ACCUCCCCGUUUCCGCACAAGAAGAAGAAGAAAAUAUGACUACAACGAGCUUAAUGCUAACUGAUUUUUGUCCCGAUGACGCUAUGUAGUUCAGUCAAGAAACCACUUACACUGCUUUGAUGAACUACGUAUCGAUAUACAAUACACACGCAGUCAAAUACUGGAUCUAAUAUCACAAUAAACCAACGAAGGAACGAUGCAAGCGGUUGAGCCUGGUGUGCCAAUGGCGGUAGCAAGUUCACACAGCCGCUCAGAAGACGAAGAGUCGCUUGUCAUAAAAGAUGUAAAAAGGACGGCGACGCAAGCAUUUGGCAGUGGCGUUCCCAAACGCAGAAGUUCCUCCAGAUCAAUAAAGAGGAAGAAGUUUGACGAUGAACUGGUGGAAAGCAGCCUCGUCAAAUCAACGAGUCGCGUUAAAGGUCCUCCUCUCAUGGAGCCUUUACGCUGCUCGGGUAGUGAGCCUUCUUCCAGCGAGAAAAAGAAGGUGGCAAAAUCGGGACCGUCUUUGACGCCGCCUCUCACAAUGCUAAUGCAUCCUACGUCGAUCACCAAAAGAGUGAAGAAAAGUAAACAACCGCUCCACAUGACUAAAGACUUGGGUCGCUGGAAGCCGACAGAUGACCUGCUGCUUAUUAAUGCCGUGCUGCAGACAACAGACCUCACAUCUGUCCAUUUGGGCGUCAAGUUCAGCUGUCGCUUCACUCUGAGAGAAAUUAAAGAGCGGUGGUACUCACUGCUGUACGAUCCCGUCAUCUCAAAACUUGCUUGGCAGGCGAUGCGGCAGCUUCAUCCCGAAGCCGUAGCGGCAAUACAAAGUAAAGCUCUUUUCAGCCAGGCUGAGGAAGUACUACUGGCCAAGAUUGGCUCGACGAGUCAGCCCAAAUUAGACACAUUCCAGGAUCUUCUGAGUAAACACCCGAGUGUUUUUCACCAGUCACGAACCCCCAAAAGUCUGCUGCUCCACUGGCAGCUUCUGAAGCAGUACUACCUACUGGAUGACCAGAGUGUCCAGCCGCUCCCAAAGGGGGACCAAGUCCUGAACUUCUCUGACGCCGAGCAGAUUGUUGAUGAUGUCAAGUUAAAGGAGAGUAGAGAUGAAGUAUUGGAACACGAACUGAUGAUAUCUGAUCGCCACCAAAAAAGGGAAAUCAGGCAGUUGGAGCAAGAGUUGCCCCGCUGGCAGGUCCUUGUGGACAGUAUCACAGGGAUGAGCAUGCCUGACUUUGACAACCAGACGCUGGCCGCUCUCAGAGGACGGAUGGUACGCUACCUCAUGAGAUCCCGAGAGAUUACGCUGGGCCGUGCAACCAAAGAUAAACAGAUUGAUGUGGAUCUGUCAUUAGAGGGGCCCGCCUGGAAAAUAUCAAGAAAGCAAGGAAUUAUUAAACUGAAGAAUAACGGGGAUUUCUUCAUCGCCAAUGAGGGCAGACGACCCAUCUACAUCGAUGGCAGACCGGUCCUGUCCGGUAACAAGUGGAAACUAAACAACAACUCAGUGGUGGAGAUCGCGGGACUUCGCUUCGUGUUUCUAAUCAACCUGGAACUCAUCUCCCUCAUCAAAGCCGAGGCAGCCAAGAUGACACAACAGUGAACGCGCAACUCCGUACUGUUUAUAUGUAGAAGUGCUUCUGACUUGGAUUUCACAAGUCUGGUCUAUGGAUCUUUUCCGUGUUGUGCUGUAUAGACACUGUCAUGUUGGGAGCCCUUUUUCCAGUUUCUGGGUUAUUUUAUUUAAAUUGUGUAUUGAAUCUUUUCCACGUCAAUAAACUGGCAUACACACACA